AAAGCCGGCUACCAGCUCAGUGGGUUCCGCCUCACCAGGAGGCUACUAAAGUUCCUGUGGGAGUGAAUUAGAAUUUCAUAAGAGCAUAAUGGAUGGAGAAGAGAAAACUUACGGUGGCUGUGAAGGGCCGGAUGCCAUGUAUGUCAAACUGAUAUCUUCUGAUGGCCAUGAAUUUAUUGUAAAAAGAGAACAUGCACUAACAUCAGGAACAAUAAAAGCCAUGUUGAGUGGCCCAGGUCAGUUUGCUGAGAAUGAAACCAAUGAGGUCAAUUUUAGAGAGAUCCCAUCACAUGUGUUAUCAAAAGUAUGCAUGUAUUUUACCUACAAGGUUCGCAACACUAACAGCUCCACUGAGAUUCCCAAAUUCCCAAUUGCACCUGAAAUUGCACUGGAACUGCUGAUGGCCGCCAACUUCUUAGAUUGUUAAAUAAAAUAAAUUAUAAUAAA